AUGCCUCUCGAUCAGCAACCACCGGCUAUUACCACCCACAUCUCGGAUGGUAUUGGCCUGACGCCUAUGCUUGAUAUCGGCGCCCACAGUAAUGUUCAAAUCCUGGCUAAACUCGAGUUUCAGAAUCCUACUGGAAGCAUCAAGGAUCGCAUGGCCAAGUAUUUACUGCAAGAAUUUGAACGUCGUCAUGACAUGGACCCCAAGGACAACAAGAAACGAACACUUAUCAUUCCUACCAGUGGUAAUCUCGGUAUUGCCAUCGCGACAUUAGCCGCCAAACGAAAGUAUCGCAUCAUCGCUAUUGUGCCCGAACGUACGUCCAAUGAUCGUGUUUCGGUUCUCAAAGCGUUGGGUGCCGAAAUUUUGCGAUCGCCCAAUGAAGCUCGUCCAGAAGCGCCCGAAAGCGCUUAUUCAGUGGCAGCACGUCUGGCUGAACAGCUUCCCGACGCUCAUGUUUUGGACGAGGUGGCUCUGAGGGACGUUUCUGCUUACGAUGACCUUGCGGAAGAGAUCCUUCAGCAGACUCAGAUGCAGUUGGAUUUCUUAGUGGUCGGUGUAGAGACCGGCGCGACAGUGACAGGGCUGGGUAACUAUAUCAAAAAGCGAUUGCCAUCCGUCAAAGUGAUUGCUGUUGAACCGACCGAAUCCAUCAUCAGCGGUUCGCACGGUCAUCCCAUUCGCGCCGACUGGAAACUCGAAGAUCUUGGCAACAAUUUUACUCCAUCCACUCUGCAAAAAUCGGUGGUGGAUGAAUGGAUCAAGGUUACAGAUAAAGAAGCCUUCUCCAUGGCGAGACGGUUGAUUCGAGAUAACGGUGUCUUGUGCGUGGUGGUCAUGAACGACACCGCCAAGAAUUACACUUCCACGCUCUUGUCGGAUGACUGGUUCUUUGAGAACGAUCUUGCCGAUGAUGUGAUCUCGCGUGAAUUGGAAUAUUUGUCGAAUGACCGUUAUCGCGCUGCCAGUGUGGAAGAUUUGCAGUUGCCUGCUGCGGUCACGAUUACCCCCUCAGCUACCGCCUCGCAUGCCAUGGACCUGAUGCUGGAGCGCGAAUACUCACAGCUGCCGGUCAUCAAUGCAUCAAAUAAGAAACUCGUCGGUUACGUAUCCUUGGACGCUUUACAAGCAAGGUUGGAACAAGGGUCUAUCAAACCCGGCGAUUCCAUUGAACAAGCCAUGUUUAGCUUCAAAAAACAAGCCGGCGCUCAAUCAAAAUAUCAACUCAUUACACCCGAUACCAGUCUGGCUGAUCUUGCAAAAUUCUUUGAAAAGAAUUCCUUUGCCAUGGUCACCGAUGUGGGACGAAAAUGGUGUUUGGGUGUGGCAACAAAGUACGAUCUCAUCAGCUUUUUGCAUCGUCGACAGUUCCUCUAA